AUGACAUCAGAAGACUUCACAGCCAAGACGGCUGCCUUCAUGCAGUGGUUCAAAGCGCUCCCCGGUGCUGCAUUUUCAAAUUCAAUCGAGAUUGCCGACCUGAGAUGCCGCGAUGCGGGCCGUGGCAUAAUUGCGCUUGUCGAUAUUCCUGCUGAUACAGCUCUUUUCACGAUACCCCGACGUGCGAUCAUUGAUUCCGAUACAUCAUCCCUGAGAGAGAAGCUGCCGAAUCUGUUUGAGAGUCAAGGUGAUGAAGAUGAGGAGCAGGCUCUCGACCCUUGGAGUGCGUUGAUUCUCAUAAUGAUGUAUGAGGUCUUCUUGGGUGAUCGAUCCAAGUGGAAGCCAUAUAUCGACGUCUUGCCGCUAGAAUUCGACACUCCCAUGUUUUGGUCCGAAGAGGAACUGUCGCAUCUUCAAGCCAGCGCUACCGUGAACAAGAUUGGCAAGGUUGUCGCAGAAGAAAUGUUUCGCACGCGACUCAUACCUGCCAUCCGUGGUAAUCCGUCUCUCUUCGUCAACAGCAGCGAGUGCAGUGACGACGAUUUGAUCAGACUAGCUCAUCGCAUGGGGAGCACCAUCAUGGCCUACGCUUUUGACUUGGAGAGUGAAGAGGCAGAUGACGAUGACGGGUCAGAUGGCUGGGUUGAGGACCGAGAGGGCAAAUCUAUGAUGGGCAUGAUUGCAAUGGCGGAUAUCUUGAAUGCGGAUGCCGAAUUCAACGCGCACGUCAACCACGGAGACGACGAGCUGACUGUCACUUCGAUUCGCGAUAUCAAGGCGGGGGAGGAAAUUCUCAACUACUACGGGCCUCAUCCAAACUCCGAGCUGCUUCGUAGGUACGGUUACGUCACACAAAAGCAUUCACGAUAUGAUGUGGUGGAAAUCCCUUGGGACGCGGUACAACAUUCGCUCAUGUCUGAGCUUGGUGUGCCACGAGAUGUCAUGGCCGAGACGAUGGGUGAGAUGGAUCAAGACGACCUAGAGGAUGUCUUUGUGCUCGAACGGGACUCUGGUGAGCCAAAUCCCGACGGAACCUUCGCUGGCCCCGCGGUGGUAGAUGGGAUGCCUGCAGGUCUGAAGGAACAGCUCAAGUCGACACUCAAGCUGCUUCAGAAACUGGACAGAAAUCUCAUCUCAGAUAAGAGAAAGAGAGAUGACAUAUUGCGCUCCACAAUGGCUGCGACACUACGUCUCCUUGCAUCGCGGUACUCGACAACUGCCGCCGAGGAUGAAGUCUUGUUGGCACAAGGCCAUCUCAGUCGCCGCCAAAGGAUGGCGAUCCAGGUCAGACUGGGAGAGAAAAGGCUUAUACAGGAAGCCUGUGAUCAUUUCUCAGAAAAGGCUUCGCAAGAGACACCUGAAACGGGCUUUACGGCAGCCAAGAAGGCAAAACGAUCCGAAUGA